AUGCACAUGAGCUUCACGAAGACUUAUCUCUCGCCUCCCUCCGAAGCUUCUUGGUCACCGGUAAGUUUGACCAUGGACUCGGAAUCCGACUCAACCGCUGCAUCUCUGCUCUGCGGCUGGCUUGACCGUAGCUCCCCACCGGAGCCUCCGGACCCGCCGGAUCCGCCAGACCUACUACUUAUGUGCUGUCGACGUGAUCUUCUGCCCACUGUCGACAAUAAAGCCUCUCCCUCUCUUGCCGCUCACCGCUCUGGUACGGGAGAUGACAUGGGCUUGACGGGCAGGUCAUUUCUAAUCUACCUGUCGUGGACCAUGUCUCCCAAUACACUGUUUUUCCUCCUCUACGGCUUGAAACCUAUCUCCCCGUAG